UUUUUUUUUAACCAUCGCUACAACCCCUUAUUCGAAGCCAAAACCACUCACAAACCUUCCCCUUAGCGAGAGGAAUCCAACAGUGAAAGAAUCGUUGGAAACGGUCGAGAAACGAGGGAGAUAUUGCUCGCCGGAGUUUCGCCGGGGAAACUUUCCCGACGAAAAACAGAGAAGCAGAAGCCGCCAUCACCGCCGCCAACCCUUCACCGACCUGCGCCGUCCCUGGAGGAGUGCACCGCUACCGCCGUUGGCCGUUUCGUCGAGGUGAAUAGUUAGAGAACGAAGUUGAAGAAGGGAAUUAGGAGCAUCCGGACUAGAGAAACAUGCCACCAAGAAGAAACCCCCAUGCAACCCCAACUGUUGAGGAGUUAGCUCAAACUAUUCAGCAGAUGGCGCAACACAUUGGAGCAGCUCAGAACCAGAACCCGGGGGUCGACUAUGCAACACGUGUAGCCGGAAGGAACCCUCCAAAAUACCUGGGAGAGGAGGAUCAUCUGAUUCUAGAAGACUGGAUCCGAACCUUCGACAAGCUCUUCGACUCACUCAACUGCCCAUUGGAGCAGCGGGUGAACAUUGCGGUGUACUACUUGCACCAAGAAGCGGAUCAUUGGUGGGCCGCCACUGGAGCAACCCUGCUCGAGCAACCGGGGUUUUGUUGGGAAGAUUUCAAGGUAGCCCUACGUGACCGUUUCUAUCCGUAUCAUGUGAAGGAGGCAAACUAUGAUGAGUUUGUCAACUUCAAGCAAGGAGAUUUAACUGUCCAGGAGUACCAUACAAAGUUCGUCCAACUGGCCCGCUUUGCCAAGGAUCUGGUAUCCACUGAGGCCAGCAUGACCCGCAGAUUUGUUAAUGGGCUGAACUUUGGUGCCCAAAAGUUCGUGACCGUGGCAGAGCCGCGGAACAUGAAUGAGGCGUACCGGAAGGCUGGGAAGUACUACAUGGUACAUCAGAAGGAGAGAGAGGCACAGAAGAGAGACCGGAAGGUUGCCGAGGUAGAACAGCAGCAAAAGAAGGCCCGAACUGACCGCCCGGAGCCAAGACAAAACAACCAAAGCAGUAGAACCUUCCAAGGCCAGGGUCAGGGAAGGAAUCAACCCGCUCAGGCACGGUACUACAAAUGCAAACUGUGCCCAAACAACCAUCCCGGGAAGGACUGUGCGGGAAAUGCAGUGAGAUGUUACAACUGUAAUCUCAUGGGACAUCGGGCAUAUGAGUGCCGGAAACCUCCAAGCCAGGGUCAAAACCAGGGGAACAACCAAACUGGGGGCGGGAAUAAUCACGCUAACACCAACCGUGGUAAUCCCGGUAAUCGCCCAGCGGAGGCUAACCGAAACCAAGGCCCGGGAGGGCAAAACAACACCCAAGGCCGCAUCUACGUUAUGAACCAGGCUCAAGCAAAUGCACACGAUGUGGUGUCAGGUACCUUUCUUGUACACUCCAAACCUGCUUAUGUGCUAUUUGAUUCAGGUGCAUCCCACAGCUUCAUAGCAUCAAAAUUUGUGGAAAAGACAAAGCUAGAACCGACCACCAAACUUAAUCUUAAUGUAAGAACCGCCUCCAACCAAAUUGUAGCAUGUGGAAGUGUUUUCUCUAAUGUUCCCAUAGUCAUAUCCGAUACCGAACUACCCGGAGAUCUAAUCCAAUUCGAUUUGGAGGAUAUCGACGUGGUGUUGGGUAUGGACUGGCUAGGGAAAUAUAAAGCCAAAAUCCUGUGUAACGAGCAAAAAGUGGUCUUGAAGGGACCCAACAA